UUGAAGAAGGUUCUCAGUGAUAGUAACGGACUGCAAAAUCGGCGCGCGAGAGAGAUGGCAGUAGAGAUAACCGACGGUGCUCCAAAGAACAAGAACGCCAAUGCUAACGGCGUCAAAGACAAAGGCAAGAAGAUAAUCCGAAUUCAGGUUUCCAAAACUAAGAAACCUUUCUUCUUCUACCUCAAUCUUGCCAAGAAGUACAUAAAGCAGGACAAUGAUGUUGAGCUCUGUGCACUGGGCAUGGCUAUUCCAACUGUUGUGAUCAUCUCUGAGAUUUUGAAAAGUAACGGGUGGGCAAUUGAGAAAAAUAUCAUGACAUCAACGGUUAUUUCCAAGGGAGAGAAAGAAGGUCGGGGGAUUCCGAAGGCUAAGCUUGGGAUUUUGCUGGGAAAGGCUACAGAUAUGGAACAUAACACUGUUGAGAAUCAAAGCACUGUUGAUACUAAGGCAUAACGGUUAGAGUAGUUUGACCAAAGCCCAUCACCAUUUGACUCUUGUAAAACGUGUUCCUUGUAUAGAUCAUCAUAUGGUUUGCCCUUUGUUUUCUCCAGCAUUAAUUUCUUUUAAUGGCUAAUGACUACUUGAGUCCAUAAUAAAAUAAUUAACUGCCUAAGGUCAUAUGCAGUACGACAAUUUUUUUUCAUUAUUUAAAUUGUGAUGACGAUAGUCUGAUUUAUUUUUGACAAAUAAUUAUGAUUUAGGUAUGCUUAUUAGAUAUUGUAAAAUUAAAACUAAAUGUAUAUAUUCAUUAUUUAAAG